AUGGGAGAGGGGUCUGUUGAACUUGAUGCUAUUAUAAAGGAAGCUGUUGAUCUGGAGAACAUUCCUCUUGAAGAGGUUUUUGAUAAUCUCAAAUGUACAAGAGAAGGUUUAAGCUCUCAGCAAGUACAAGAGAGGCUAGACUUGUUUGGAUACAAUAAGCUUGAAGAAAAGAAGGAAAGUAAGAUACUGAAGUUUUUGGGGUUUAUGUGGAAUCCUCUGUCAUGGGUUAUGGAAGCUGCUGCUAUCAUGGCCAUAGGCAUGGCACAUGGAGGGGUAAAUCUUCACCUUUGCUUUUGA